GAGCCAGAAAGAGAAUUGCUGGCAGUAGGAAUAGGAAUUACAUUCAUGUAUGUGUGUGUAUGCUUAAAACAACAUGGUCCAAAUUCGCUUUGGAUAGAGGACAAAUAUAAUUACUGCUAAAUGCCUGUUAAAGAGUCUCAUUUUUCGGAAUGCGGACCCUAAAUGUAAUUUGUAAGCAGCAAACUUGUCAUUUUCAACCUUUUUUUCUCUCUUUACAUAGACGCACUUAUAUACACAUUAUAAAACAUUUUAAUAUGCCAACCAAGUUAUUCAAGACGGAAUUUGCUGUUGACAUGACAUGUGAGUCUUGCGUCAAUGCUGUUUCUAAAGUAUUAGAAGGCAUUUCAGGUAUAAAUUCAUUUGACGUAAACCUCGCAGAAAAAAAAGUGAUUGUGGAAGGAACAGUUGCCCCUUCCAAGGUGUCAAAAGCAUUAAAAGAUACAGGACGAACUGUCAUCGUCCGAGGACAAGGCGUGCCCGAUGGUCAAGGUCAUUCUGGAGCUGCUGUCUGUAUUUUUGACUGUUAUGGAGCAGAUCCUCUGGCCACUUUACCCAAAGGAAAGGCAGGUUUAGCUAGGUUUGUUCAGGUUGAUGAGGAUACUUGUUUGAUUGAUAUCACGGUUGAAGGUCUGUCGCCGGGUAACCAUGGCAUUCACAUACAUGAAUCAGGUGAUAUAUCUAGCGGCUGGAAGUCUACAGGAGAGCACUAUAAUCCCACCAAUCGACCCCACGGUGAUAUGCAUAACGGGCAUGUUGGUGACCUCGGCAACAUUACAGUAGACGAGAACGGUUGGGGAGACUUGGUUAUCGAGAGUAAUCGUAUCAAGGUGUGGGACGUGAUAGGCCGAAGUAUGGUUAUCACCGAGAAUGAAGAUGACCUUAGCCCUUCCUCUGAGGAUGGUCACAGUGGAAAUGGUUUACUUUGUGGUAUUAUUGCUCGUAGUGCUGGUGCAUUUGAGAAUACCAAGUUAGUCUGUGCCUGUAAUGGAAAUACUUUAUGGGAAGAAGCCCGCUUACAAGAAAAGAAAUAACUCUAGAAAUAAAUAGUUUCAAGUUACCAAUGGUUCGACUGCCAAUUUGAGUGUAAAAAGUUAUUUUUGUGCCUGUG